AUGCAUAGUGCUCUGAAUCGACUCCAGUCGACCUUCGGCUACUUCACCAGCUGCGCCUUUACCAUCGCUUGCAUAAUCGCCGUCCUCUCCAUAAUACCUCUUCCUACUCCGACGGGCUCCCCAAGCGCCUCAAUAUCGGUCCGAAAUGUCCAAGUCGUGAAAGGCCGACCACACUAUUACUCCCCGAAACGCGAAGAAUACGCUCAAAUUAGAUUCGAUCUUGAGGCCGAUCUAUCCAGCCUGUUCACAUGGAACACGAAGCAGCUGUUUGUCUAUGUCACGGCAAACUACCCUGGUGGAAAGACGGGCAAGGAGGGGACGUCUGAAGCUGUUAUCUGGGACACAAUCAUCCCUGCAACAUCCACCCCGUGGUCCUGGCAGAAUCUAAAGCAGACCUACUUUCCCGAGAAGAAGUCAACAUCUAAGAGCAAGAAAACCUCGAACACAAAACCCAAGACCAAAGAUCUUGUCAAGCCAGGUGUGAUUUCUCUGAAAAACCAGAAACCAAAAUACCAAAUCACCGACCCCAGCGGUGUCAUCAGUGAGCGGGGCAAUGCGACCUUGCAAGUCAGUUGGAAUGUGCAACCGUGGGUUGGCGCACUGGUCUGGGACAAAGGAUAUCUGGGCGACCGAAUCGGAAAAUGGGCUCCUGGGAACGGGGGCAAAAGUGAGGUCUUCGAAUUCCCUCCUCUAAAGGGGACGAAAACAGAUGUGGUCAAAGACACGGAAGGACCAAAGACUCCGAAGGCCGGUUCAGCCUCUCCAGCUGUUGAGAUAUAA